AUUAGAGAAAGCGUUUGUUCGCUCGAAAUCAAUCAUCAACACACCAAGAAUAACAUUGCUGAGUACAACACUACUUUUUGUACCUGCUUGUUUUAUAAAACCCAACCGACACACGAUAUAUACACUCUCUUAUUUUUCCUUCUCCCCUAACUAUUUUAAUUCUCUCUUUUUCGAAAAAGCUCGAAUCAUAAUACAAAAUGAGUGAUAAUCAUAAUACUACUUCUACAGUAACACAACCAACAUCACCGAUGCGUGAUGAUACAUCCGAGUCUUCCAGUCAUACAUCCAAUUCUAAUGCCAAUGUUGAAAUUGCACAACCAACUGUGUUUGCCAGACAAAUUCCUCACAAUAUGUCCUUCUCUGAUUUAAUGGCUGAGGAAAUGGCCUUGUCCAAUCAAACCAGUGUUUGUGUUGAUACAUUGUCGGAAACUAAACAGAAAUUUGAUUACAAGAACCUUCGUCCAAGCCACUUUAAAAAGAUUAGACUUUUAGGUCGUGGAGAUGUUGGUAAAGUUUAUUUGGUUAGACACAAGGAAACUGGUAGAUAUUUCGCCAUGAAGGUUUUAAAGAAGGAAGAAAUGAUUCAAAGAAAUAAGGUUAAAAGAGUUUUAACCGAACGUGAAAUUCUUGCAACAACAGAUCACCCUUUCAUUGUCACUCUCUAUAGCUCUUUCCAAUCAAAGGAUAAACUUUAUUUCAUCAUGGAAUAUUGUAGUGGAGGAGAGUUCUUCCGUAUGCUUCAAAAACAACCAGGAAAAUGUCUUCCAGAAUCAUCAGUUAGAUUCUAUGCUGCUGAAGUUCUUCUUGCUUUGGAAUAUUUGCACUUUAUGGGCUUUAUCUAUCGUGAUUUGAAACCAGAAAAUAUUUUACUUCACCAAAGUGGACAUGUCAGACUUACAGAUUUUGAUCUUUCUAAACAAACUGUGCAAACAGUCACUCCAAAAAUUGUUAAAGGAUUUUUCUCAUCAGAUAAGAAGAGUAAAUUGGAUACAAAACAAAUUCAACAAUUUAACAGCUUUGUCGGAACUGCUGAAUACCUCAGUCCUGAAAUUAUUGCUGGUUGUGGACAUACUUCAACUGUCGAUUGGUGGACUUUUGGUAUUCUGAUUUAUGAAAUGCUUUUUGGUACUACUCCAUUCAAGGGAUCUUCACAAAAAGAUACUUUUAAUAGUAUUCUUCACAAAAAAUUGGAUUUCCCCAAAGACAAACCUGUCUCAAAAGCUUGUAAGGAACUUAUCAAGAAGCUUUUAGUAUCUGAUCAAGAUAAGAGAUUGGGUCACAAGAAUGGUGCUUCUGAUAUUAAGGUACAUCCAUUCUUCAAGGGUAUCAAUUGGGCUUUAAUUAGAAAUGAACAUCCACCAAUUGUUCUUCAAGUUUCUGAUCCAGAAGAUACCUCCAAUUUCAGACCACUUGUCGAUAGUGACAAUGAAGAAGAGGAUGAAAAUACCGUCGAUCAAGAAGACAAUUCUGAUAGCAACCCAUUCAAAAACUUUGCCUACACUUCUCAAAAGAAAUUAUCAUAUGGUGAUGAUAAGAUCGCUACUAGUAGUACUGCAGAUAAGGGGAAUAAGAAAAAGAAGGAGGACAAGCUCGAUCAAAUAUCUGAACCAAAUGUGAGUGCUAUUGAUGCAACCUCCGAGACAAUUUGUGGGAAUGUUGUUCCAACCUCUUCAAAUGAGCCAGAAAAGAAGAGCAAUUUCAUCCAAAUGGUUCCUAAAUCCUCUAAUAGAGCAUAUAGCUCUUACAAAACUAGUCAAUUUAAUAAGAGAAACGAAUUUGGUGACGAUUUAUCGUUUCCAAGAGCUCAGUCAAAAAAGGGGAAUUUGCAAGUUUUUGCUGAUAAUAUAAUGACAGCAGAAACAUUGGAUUGUCCAGUGUCGAGUCCAGAAACUUCUAAGUUACAACCUAAAACAGAAAUCACAAACAAUGAAAGUUCUUCCAUUGUACAUAAACUCAAUCAAAUUAAAAUAGCAGACAACUCUGAAAGUGAGGAAGAAACACCAUUCUAUACUGCAACAAGCAAUGUGUACAAAAUUCCAAAAGCAUCCUCUAAAGAGAUAAAAACAGCAGAUGUUACAACAACACCAUCUGAGGAUUCAGAUGAUGAAUUCCCUUCUUUAAAUCAAUCAAUGAGUAUCAACAAUGAAUCAAUUCAAAGACCACCAUCUCCAAAGCCAGUUGACAUUACCACUGACAGAGAAAGAAUUGGAAGUUUCCAAACUGAUGAGGAAUCUUUUGCAAACUCCACAAUGCCAGUAGUAAUACCACCGAGCAGCAUCUCUUCUCAAAAACUUGAGGAUUCAUUUAUUCAGGAAGAAUCUAAAAUUGAGGAUAACCCAAUGAAACAGGAUAAUUUUUCUUCUCCUGAGGUAUUUAAAAAAGCAAUUAAUGAAACAGAAAUUAUUAACAUGGAAAAUGAAACCAAGGAUGAAAUUCUAAUUGAAAAUACUAACAACAUUCAACAAACUCAAUAUGAUCCAGAAGAACCAACAUAUUUUGAUCUCAACCAGUCUAAUCUCGACAUAGAGGUUACAGGAGAAGAACACUAUGAAGAAGAAAUUAUUGAGGAACCAAAGUAUCAAACUAAGAAUGACAACUUUGAUCAGUAUUAUCUUGAUGAUGAAGAUCCUGAAUUAUCAAGCGAUGACGAAAUAACAGAAGCACAAAAUUAUCAAGAAGAGAUUCAAGAACAGAUGUACAAUCACCAUGAGGAGGAAGAAAUUAAAUCUAUUUCAGUCCCACAAAAUUCUAACAAGCAUUUGGUUAAAUCAGUAUCUAAGGAAGAAAUUCCAAAAAAGAUAUCUCCAAGGGUGAAACAAAGUUAUUUCGUUGAGGAACAUACCCCUGAACACAAUGUUUCAGAUAUUGAAGAACAGGAAGAAAUUAGAAUGAAGACAGGAUCCCCUUCACAAGAGCUAGCCCAAUUGGAGCAUAAAGAAUUGACCAUGUUUUUAGAAUCCGAGCUUACUAAACUGAAAGAUGAUCUGAAAAAGGAUAGCCAAAUAGCAAAAGGAGUGGCUUCAAAGAGGCUAAGUGAUCUUCCACCUCCUGAGUCUCUUCCAGUCUCCAGUCAACAACAACCAAUAUCAUUAACCCUAAAUUUGGAUGCUAAAUACAAAUAUGCAAGAAAAGCAUUGCUUAGACAAUACUUUAAGGAUAGAAGCUCAUCCAAAGAAAAGUUGACCGAUGAGUUUGCAAAAUUAGGUCAACCUAUUGAUCUCAAUACAUCUCUAAAAUUGGAGAGAUGGGAUAAAGAAAAUAGAGAAUUGGAAAGACUGAAAGCAUCAAGAAGAAAAUAUGAGAAGGAUCUUGAAAAUCUGGAAAAGCUUGUAGAAAUUGAACAGAUGGAACAUGAUGUCGAGCUAGCAAAGACCAAGUCACACAUUGUCUCUAAAAACAAACCAAUGGAAACCAAGCCAAAGAAAGGGUAUUCCCAAUUAUUGCACAACAAGAUGGAGUUUAUGGGCAAAACUCUAGUAUCCUCAUCGGAUAAUAUUAAAGAGGAUGAACCUGAAGUAUUAGUCAAACAAAUAUACCUCCUCAAAACUGAGAGGGAAAAAUACCAAUCACUUGUUGAAAAGCAGAAAGAAGUGAUCAAAACCUUAACAGAAGAUCUUUUAACAGAGGGUGAAUUUUCUCCAAAGGAAAAACUUCAAAUCAUUGACAAUAUUAUGCGACAGGCUCCAAUCUUACACAAUGAGGAAACAAUUAAGGAAUCGUACUCAUCUCCAAUGUGUGACCCUAAAAUCCAAGCUGAGGAGGAUAAAACUCUUAGUGAAAAAGAAUCAAAGCAAGGCAAAACAGAAAAAAAGAAAAAGAGCAAAAACAUGAAGAAAAAGUCAGGUUCGGAAGAUGAAGAACCUCUCAAGAAAAAGACAAGUUCAAAGACAAAGGAGAGCAAUUCAGAACCUAACAGAUCUUCUACUCCCAAGAUGAAGACAACAACAAAUAGACCUUCAUCUGCAUCUAGUUUAACACGGAGACCAUCUUCCUCUCUUUCGGAACCAAUGAAUAAUACAGAGAGACGAAAAACAAUAAUAAGGCCAACAUCACCUUCACUCACUAAGAGGCCUUCAUCAGCUGCGGGAACAAGAAAAGUCACAAUUUCUCUUGACCAACCCGUAUCAGAAUCUAGGAAAACAAGACCUGGUAGUGCCAGCUCUGCUCUAUGUGAUAAAAUUGUUGAUAGGCUUUAUGAAGGAGGAAUUGAAAAACAGGCAAAAGCUAGGGAAUGGGCUACAAAUCAGAAAAAGAUACAAGAAGCCAAGGUAAUGCAAGAAAUGAGAGAAAAACCUAUUCUUAACAGGAAUUCUAUCGAGAUUAUUAACAGAAAAUAUCAUGCAUCGGGAACAUUUAGGGAGAUUGACUCACCAAUGGAAUCAUUUAAGAGAAAUAGUGGAGAGUCUCCAACUUUUGAACUCAGAGCUCAUAGUAGUGCAGGAAGUUUAGAAGAGAUGAGACUCAUGAGACAAGACUCUAGGAGAAGAAGAGUAAAGGAAUACUAUAUAAUGAAAGAAAGUAUGUCCGAGUGUACAUUUACCCCAAAUCUAAGCAAGAAAACAAACGAAUUGAUUUCACAAAAAAGAUCAAAAGAAGAAGGACCAAUUUACAAAAAACUUUUCGAGGAAGCUAAAGAAAAAGAAGAACAAAAUGCCAAAAUAAGACAAGUUGCUGUAAAUAUGAGAGAAGAGGAAGAAAAGAAACAACUAGUUAAACCAAAAGUGUGGAAGAAUCCAGAGGAAGAACAAGCAUUUAUCAAUAGAAUGUUGGAAUCAGGAAAAAUUAAAGAAAAAAAGAUGGAAGAGCUGAGAGAGAAAGUUUUUGAAAAGGAAAAUCCUUUCAAACCACAAAUCAAUAACAAUGACAUCUCAGAUAGGUCUGACAUUUGUGAACAUUUGUACAAACAAGGAGUGGAAGUUCAAAAGAGAAGACAAUUCAUUAAGGAGCAAUAUGAUCAAUAUCUUGAAAAUAUUGCAGCAACUAGACACACAAACAAGGAGAGUACAAAAUACAUCCAAGGCAUGAAGGAGAAGAGGAUAUUCUCCUUAUUCAAUUUAUUCUGUAUUGAAUCUAACUCUGAUAAUAUGCAAGUUGGAAAGCUUCACGGUGUUAUUGAACCAUUGCUAGAAAAAUUUGGAGAACCAAUGGCAUUAGUCGUUCCACUUUUAGAGCAUAAUUUUGGAAACAAGGCUUUCACAAGCGAGAUUGAACUUGGAAGAUUUAGCUUCCCAAAUCAAGUUAUUACAAAAUCAAAUUGA